AAUAACAACAAUAUUACAGAAGAAGGUUUUGCUGCUCUGACUUCAGUGUUUAUUUCAAAUCCUUCAAAACUGAUCGAGCUGGAUCUGAGUGGAAAUAAACUAGGAAACACUGGAAUCCAGAAGAUCUGUGAACUGUUGAGAAAUCCACAAUGUAGCUUGGAGAAACCUGAAACUCUCAGACUGCAGUAUCACUGAAGAAGGUUAUAAAACUCUGACUUCAUCUCUGAAGUCAAACUCAAACCUGAUAGAGCUGGAUCUCACAGGAAAUGAUCCUGGAGAAUCAGGAGUGAAGGAUGUCAUUGAUUUACUGCGAGGUGGAUGCUGUAAAUUAAAGACUGUCAGGUUUUUGAAAAGUCCUGCUGCACAGAAAGCAUGUGAUCAUCUCACUGAAGUUCUGGGUACAAAUCCGUUAUUACUGAAAGAACUGGAUCUGAGUGAAGAUAAAUUAGGAGAUCUGGAUGGAGAGAAACUCUCUGCUCUUUUGAUGGACUCUCAUAACAAAGUAGAGAAAAUGAAGCUGAAUAAUUGUGAGCUGAUAGAGAAAAGCUGUUCAGUUCUAGCUACUGUUCUCUCCUCCAAAACCAUCCUGAAAGAGAUGAACCUGAACAACAGCCGUCUGCUGGACUCAGGAGUCAAAGUGAUCUGUGAGGGACUGAAGAAUCCUGUGUGUGAGCUGAAGAUACUCAAACUUUCAGACUGCAGUAUCACUGAAGAAGGUUAUAAAGCUCUGGCUUCAGCUCUGAGAUCAAACCCUUCACACCUGAUAGAGCUGGAUCUGACAGGAAAUGAUCCUGGACAAUCAGGAGUGAAGGAGCUCAGUGAUUCACAAAAGGGAUGGUGGUUUUCAUCAAAAACACUGAAAACUCUGAGGUUUUUGGGUCCUGCUGCAGAAGAAGCUUGUAAAUAUGUGACAGGAAUUGUGGGUAAAAACCCGUUACUCCUGAAAGAACUGAAUCUGAGUGAAUAUGAACUAGGAGACACACGAGUGAAACAGAUCGCUGCUCUACUGCAGGAUAAACACUGUAAACUCAAAACUCUUCAGCUGUCUGGUUGUGGUCUAACAAAGGAAAGCUGUUCAGCUCUCGCUACAGUCCUGAGAUCAAACUCCAGUCUGAAAGAACUUGACAUGAGCAACAAUAAUCUGCAAGAUUCGGGAGUGAAGAAACUUGGAUUAGAAAAUACAAACUGCACACUGCAGAAACUCAGACUCUCAGACUGCAGUAUCAGUGAAGAAGGUUAUAAAGCUCUGGCUUCAGCUCUGAGAUCAAACCCUUCACACCUGAUAGAGCUGGAUCUCACAGGAAAUGAUCCUGGACAAUCAGGAGUGAAGCAGCUCAGUGAUUUACUACAGGAUCCAAACUAUUCACUGAAAACACUGAGGUUUUUGGGUCCAGCUGCAGAAGAAGCCUGUAAAUAUCUGACUGACGUUCUUCACAUUAAAAACCCGUUACUCCUGAGAGAACUUAAUCUGAGUGAACGUAAACUAGGAGACGCACGAGUGAAACAGAUCUCUGCUCUACUGCAGGAUAAACACUGUAAACUCAACACACUGAUUCUGAAUAACAGCGAUAUCACAGAAGAAGAUUGUCGUGUUCUGACUGAAGCUUUAAAUUCAAACCCUUCAAAUCUGACAGAACUGAAUCUGAGUCAAACUAAACUCAGAAACUCAGGAAUGAAGAUCUUCUCGACUCUGUUUAAGAAUAAACAGUGUAGACUGAAAAAACUGAAGUUUAAUUGUAUCUGUAUUACUGAAGAAGGUUGUGCUGCUCUGGUAUCAGCAUUCAAUUCAAAUCCUUCAAACCUGAUCGAGCUGGAUCUGAGUGGAAAUAAACUCGGAGACUCUGGAGUGACUCAAAUCUCCAGUCUACUGGGAAAUGUACAGUGUUCACUGCAGAUACUCAGACUUUCAGACUGCAGUAUCACAGAAGAAGGUUUUAAAGCUCUGGCUUCAGCUCUGAGAUCAAAUCCUUCACACCUGAUAGAGCUGGAUCUCACAGGAAAUGAUCCUGGACAAUCAGGAGUGAAGGAGCUCAAUGAUUUACUACAGGACCCAAACUGUCAACUGAAGACACUGAGGUUUUUGAGAAGUCGUGCUGCAGAAGAAGCCUGUCAGUUUGUGAAGGGAAUUGUGGGUAAAAACCCGUUACUCCUGAGAGAACUGAAUCUGAGUGAACAUGAACUAGGAGACACAGGAGUGAAUCAGAUCACUGCUCUACUGCAGGAUAAACACUGUAAACUCAACACACUGAUUCUGUGUGGAUGCAGUAUCACACAGAAACAGUGUCUCAUGCUGACUUCAGCUCUGUGUUCAAACCUUUCACACCUGAGAGAACUGGACCUGAGUGGAAAUAAAAUAGAAAACACAGGAGUGAAGCAUGUAUCUGAAACACUGAGGGAUGUACGCUGUCAACUGGAGAAACUGAGGUUAAGAUACUGUGAUAUAACAGAUGAAGGUUGUUCAGCUUUGACUUCAGCUCUGAGAUCAAACCCAUCACACCUGAGAGAACUGAACCUGAGUGAGAAUGAACUAGGAGACUCUGGAGUGAAAAACCUCAGUGAUCUACUGAUGAACCCACAAUUCAAGCUGGAAAUACUAGCUCUGUGUGGAUGCAGUAUUACACAGAAACAGUGUCUCAUCCUGACUUCAACUCUGUGUUUAAACAUUUCACACCUGAGAGAACUGGACCUUAGUGGAAAUAAAAUAGAAAACAAAGGAGUGAAGCAUGUAUCUGAAACACUGAAGGAUGUACGCUGUAAACUGGAGAGAUUGAGGUUAAGAUACUGUGAUAUAACAGAUGAAGGUUGUUCAGCUUUGACUUCAGCUCUGAAAUCAAACCCAUCACACCUGAGAGAACUGAACCUGAGUGAGAAUGAACUAGGAGACUCUGGAGUGAAAAACCUCAGUGAUCUUCUGAAGAACCCACAAUUCAAACUGGAAAUACUAGCACUGCAUAAAUGCAGUAUUAAAGAGAAGCAGUGUGUCUUCCUGACUUCAGCUCUGAAAUCAAACCCAUCACACCUGAGAGAACUGGACCUGAGUGGGAAUGAACUAGGAGACUCUGGAGUGAAAAACCUUGGUGUUCUGUUGAGCAGUAAACAAAGCAAGCUGGAGAAACUAAAUCUGCGUGGAUGCAGUAUUACAGAGAAACAGUGUCACAUCCUGACUUCAGCUCUGUUUUCAAACCUUUCACACCUGAGAGAACUGGACCUUAGUGGAAAUAAAAUAGAAAACGAAGGAGUGAAGAUCUUAUGUGAUGUACUGAAGAAUACAGACUGUAAACUGGAGAGAUUGAGUCUAAAUGACUGUGGCAUUACAGACGUUUCUUCUUUAACUCAGUCUCUGGCUGAAACUAAAGCACUGCAGUUUUUAAAAGAGCUUGAUCUGAGGAAUAAUAAAAUAGGAGACUCAGAGAAGAAGCUCAUUGAUGUUCUACGAGACUCAAACUGUAAACUGAGGUGA